UACGCAGUCGAAGACGAAAGAGGAAAAUCAAGCUCCUCGAAGAGAGCUCGAGCAUCUCCCAUGGCUGCUGACGACUGACCCCCCGUCAAAGCGCAGAGAAGAGACAGCGACCGCCCACCCGCAAGGCCCUCCGCCCUCUCCGGCGAGUCACGGGAGAAAGACGGGAAAUUUAAGCGGGGGAGGAGAGCGAAUUCGGGGAAUGGCCGUCGCGACGAGGUCGAGAUGGGUCGCCAUGUCGGUGGCGUGGAUUCUGGUCUUGUUCGGAACCCUAGCUCUCAUCCAGGUGAACCGAUUAAGCGAUACCGGAGCUUCGUCUGAUCCGAAACUUGUUCAUCGCAAAGUUGGUGAGGAAAAGAAGAAGCCGGACGAUUUGGAAGAAGUGACUCACAAGGUUUUUUUCGAUGUCGAGAUCGGAGGAAAACCAGCGGGUCGAAUUGUCAUGGGCCUCUUUGGCAAAACCGUCCCCAAAACAGUUGAAAACUUCCGAGCUCUUUGCACGGGGGAGAAAGGGAUUGGAAAGAGUGGGAAGCCCCUGAAUUACAAAGGGAGCCAAUUCCACAGGAUCAUUCCUAAAUUUAUGAUCCAGGGCGGUGACUUCACUCUUGGAGAUGGGAGAGGGGGAGAGUCAAUCUAUGGGAACAAAUUUUCUGAUGAAAACUUCAAACUGAAGCAUACAGAUGCAGGGCGCCUUUCGAUGGCAAAUGCUGGGCCAGACACAAAUGGGUCACAAUUUUUCAUUACCACUGUGACAACUAGCUGGUUGGAUGGCCGCCAUGUUGUGUUUGGAAAGGUGCUGUCUGGGAUGGAUGUUGUCCACAAGAUUGAGGCUGAAGGGGGACAGAGCGGCCAACCUAAAAGUAUCGUUGUCAUUUCAGACAGCGGAGAAUUAGAUCUAUGAACACUUCCCUGCACACUCCCCUCCAGGUUGCACUUGACAAGUUUGACCUCGUAGCUUACUCGACACGAAUGUAGGGCUCAGGCAUCGUGCACUGCUUUGAUGCAAAUGUUUUUUUUUUUCUUUAAUGGUGAAGAAGAAAAUGUGAGGCAAGCUUGUUGAUUUGAUAUUGAAACAUACUUGAAAGAGCUUGGAUCGAUCAUAGAAGCCAGCCAUGAAUAGAGAUAACUUUUCUGAGUGUGAAUUGGAUAUUACGUUGCAAAUAGCCGAAUGAAAUGUAGAAAACAGGAUGUUUGUUCUGAAAA